UCGCUCCCUUUGGGCUCCCUCUGGACAGCACACCUCCCGGGAGUCAGUUUCAAAUAACUUCAGCGCGCGGUUCUUCUAGGGGAGUCUCCUUCCCACUUCAUCACUUCAUUCUUGUUUACUGUUACGGACACUUAAGGACCACUACUCUACAAGAAGCGUCAAAAUGGAGGAGGAGCCACGUACAAACGGUAACCCGGAAGCAGUAGCCUGGAAAUGACCGUGCUUGCAGUACCAUGAGCUGAGAUGUUGCGGGCACAGAAGGUUCAGUUAUCAGUAAGAAACAAGAACGUCGUUUUUCUUCUUUUACAUAGCUGCUGAGAUGCAUCGUCCCCUGUGUAUUUGGCUUUUUCGGACUCCGUCUCUUAGAGCUUACCCCGAGAGACACAUCUUCUACUGUCAGCAGUUUAGACAGAUAAGUCUUGACACACGGCUGUGGGAUUUUAGACAAAACAAGCCUCACGUUCCCCAUCAGCUGUUGAGUAAGAGUUGGUCCAGGAGCUACUGCCAUCAAGACACAAGGAUGCUUUGGAAACAUAAAGCCCUACAGAAGUGCAUGGAAGACCUGAAUAAAGAGUACCAAGCCCUUGACCAGUGUGUACAGGAUGUCUCUGAGAACGAAGGAGACAGGAGGGCCUCACACAGAAGGCACGCUGAGUUGGCAUCACUUGCAGCUGUUUAUCAAGAAAUUCAGGAAGCCAUGCAAGCCAUUGAAGAAUUAGAGUCAAUGUGUGAAAGUCUAAAUAAACAAGAUGAAAAGCAGUUGCAAGAACUUGUAUCAGAAGAAAGGCAAAUCAUUGAUGAAAAGAUGAACUUACUGUACAGUGAGCUUUUGGAGCACCUAGUGCCAAAGGAGAAGUACGAUGGAAGUGACGUCAUUUUAGAGGUGACAUCUGGAAGAACCACUGGAGGUGAUAUCUGCCAACAAUUUACCCGAGAAAUAUUUGAUAUGUACCAGAAUUAUUCAUACUAUAAACACUGGACAUUUGAGCUGCUGAAUUAUGCACCAGCAGAUUAUGGUGGACUACAUCACGCAGCAGCCCGCAUUUCCGGUGACAGUGUCUAUAAGCAUUUGAAGUUUGAAGGUGGGAUCCAUCGAGUCCAGCGGAUCCCAGAGGUGGGCCUGUCAUCAAGGAUGCAGCGCAUUCACACAGGAACAAUGUCAGUCAUUGUCCUUCCACAGCCAGAUGAGGUAGAUGUGAAAGUGGAUCCCAGGGAUCUGCGAGUAGACACAUUUCGAGCCAGAGGAGCAGGAGGGCAGCAUGUUAACACAACAGACAGUGCUGUGAGGCUUGUCCACAUCCCUACGGGACUGGUAGUAGAGUGUCAACAGGAACGAUCACAGCUAAAAAAUAAAGAAAUAGCUUUGCGUGUGUUGAGAGCUAGACUCUACCAACAGAUCAUUGAGAAAGACAAGUGUCAGCAACAGAAUACUAGGAAACUGCAGGUGGGAACAAGAGCCCAGUCUGAGAGAAUUCGGACUUAUAAUUUCACCCAAGAUAGAGUCACUGACCACAGGAUAGCAUAUGAAGUUCGUGACAUUAAGGAGUUUUUACAUGGAGGGAAGUGCCUGGAUCAGCUAAUUCAGAGACUGCUACAAUCAGCAGAUGAAGAGGCCAUUGCUGAAUUGUUGGAUGAAAGCCUUAAAUCAGUGAAAUAAAUGCAGCUUAUUUAUUAUUAUGUAAAUAAAAUGGACUUUGAUCAAGAAACAAACAGGUGUGGAAAUC